GAUCAAUCCGACCGAACCACACCGAUCCGAUUUAAAUUGGAUUGGUUUGGUUAUCAUAUAAUAGUGGAUUGGAUUGGUUUAAAAAUUUUACUAACCGAUUAAAUUGGAUUGGAUUAAAAAAUGUUAAAAUCCGAACCAAACCACACCGCAAACACCCCUAAUGGGAGGGUUACGAUGAUUCAGCCUCCUGAUGAUAUCAAGGUAGGCAACAAAUUUGGAAACCUCGAUUUUUCUUCCUUCCCCCAUGUUGUCCGCCUUGACCUUAGCAGUCAAGGGCUCAGCGGAAGCCUCCCUCCUCAAGUGGCUUCUCUUUCAAAUCUCAAGUGCCUUUACCUCACUUUCAAUCAUCUAAGUGGUGAAUUACCUCAUUCACUUCAAAAUCUCACCCAAUUAGAAACGCUCGAUGUUUCAUAUAAUAAAAUCACCGCCAUCCCUUCUGAAAUAGGAAACAUGAAGAAAUUGGUUGAAUUGAGGCUAGGAUACAACAGCAUCACAACUCCAAUCCCUACAUCUCUUUUUCAGUUGUCGAGUUUGCAAGUUUUAGACCUUGAUAAUAAUCUUCUUCAGGGUUUCAUCCCUCUAGAAAUAGGAAACUUGAAGAAUCUAUCUCAAUUACAUCUUAGUAAUAACAACCUCACCGGUUCUGUUCCUCCAGAAAUAGGAAACUUGAAGAAUCUAUCUCAAUUACAUCUUAGCAAUAACAACCUCUCCGGUUCUGUUCCUCCAGAAAUAGGAAACCUGAAGAAUCUAUCUGAAUUACAUCUUAGUAAUAACAACCUCACCGGUUCUGUUCCUCCAGAAAUAGGAAACUUGAAGAAUCUAGUUGCAUUAGAUCUUAGUGCCAACAACCUUACCGGGGACAUCCCUCCUACUCUGUUUGAUUCAAUCAAUUUGACCUCUUUGAUUCUUAAUUCAAAUCUUUUGCAUGGUUCAAUACCGAAGGAGAUUGGAAAUUUGAAAGUUUUAGAAACGUUGGACCUUUCUCAUAACAGAUUGAAUGGAUCCAUCCCAUCUCAGCUCGGAGAUUGCUCAAAUUUAUUGUCAUUGUCCUUGAGCAACAACUACUUCAUCAAUGGAGAGAUACCUCCCCAACUUGGGAACUUAGAGGGAUUGACAACUUUGAAUCUUAGCCACUGUAAUCUCACAGGUUCUAUACCCAAAGAGAUCGGGAAUUUGAAUGGCUUAACUACACUUGACAUCUCUGGUAACAGAUUGAGUGGAUCAAUCCCAACUCAACUUGGUGGUUGCGUCAAUAUACGGAGCUUGUUAUUGAGCAACAACUACUUGAAUGGAACUAUUCCGAUUCAAAUUGGUGGUCUCAUUCGUCUCUCAAACAUUAAUUUUAGUCACAAUUCCAUCAGCGGAGAGAUACCUUCCUCAUUUGCGAGAUCAAACUUGCAAUCGUUGGAUCUCAGCCACAACAACCUCACAGGAACCAUUCCUCAAAAUCUCACAGGACCAGGUCACUUGAUAGAACUCAAUUUGUCAUAUAAUUCCUUGAUAGGUCAAAUCCCUUAUGACCUUCUUCAUUUUGCAUGGGAUUCCUUUAUCGGUAACAAGGAUUUAUGCUGUUCGUCUUGUGACUCAUUUUCCAGCCUACCUAGGAAAUGUGGAAAAGCAGGGCAUGUGAUCCAUCUUGUAAGUAUCAUUCUUCUCGUCACCAUAAUUUCUCUUUUCUUUGCAGCUUUGGCAUGGAUUUUCCUCCCUUGGCAAAGAGCUAAAAGUGAAAAUGUGGUUCCAAGCUCAACCAAACAUGGAAAUUUGUUAAACAUGUUAAACUUUGAUGAAAAAAUUGCCUAUGAAGAAAUAAUCAAAGCUACUGAGAAUUUUGACACCAGAUAUUGCAUUGGGUUUGGUAGUUAUGGUAGCGUUUACAGAGUAGAACUACCAUGUGGAAAAGUAGUUGCCGUAAAAAAACUUCAUUGUGAAGAAGCAGAGGAGCCAGAUUUCAACAAGAGUUUUAGGAAUGAGGCCAAGAUGCUGUUAGAAAUACGACAUAGAAACAUUGUGAAACUUCAUGGGUUCUGUCUUCACAAAAAGUGCAUGAUUUUGGUGUAUGCAUUCAUGGAAAGGGGAAACCUUUUUUGUUUUCUAAAAAAUGAUGCUACAGCAGUGGAAUUGGAUUGGGCCAAAAGAAUUAACGUUGUCAAAAGCAUAGCAAAUGCACUGUGUUACUUGCAUCAAGACUGUAUUCCACCAAUCCUUCAUCGGGACAUAUCAAGCAAGAACAUUUUGCUAAAUUCAGAUAUGGAGGCAUUUGUCUCUGACUUCGGUGUUGCCAGACUUCUUAAUCCAGAUUCAUCAAACCAAACUGCACUUGUUGGGACUUAUGGAUACAUUGCUCCAGAAUUUGCCUACACCAUGGUGGUUUCCGAAAAAUGCGAUGUUUAUAGCUAUGGAGUAUUGGCAUUAGAAACAUUAAUGGGAACGCAUCCAGGGGAACUCUUGUCAUCAUCUUCCUUGCAAAACGUAAUGCUAGUUGAUGUGUUAGAUCCCCGGCUGCCACCCCCAAGAAGUCAGAAGCUUAUACAGAACAUCCUUCUUGUUGCUACAAUAGCAUUUGCCUGCAUGCGAACUGAGCCAAAAUCCAGGCCAUCAAUGAAACAUGUGUCUGAAGAAUUUCUUUGUCGCCUUAGACCUGUACCUAAACCUUUUCAUGCAGUCUCUCUCUUGGAAGUGAAGGAAUAUGGAUUAUGCAUGGAAGGUGAAAACAAAGCUUCAAUACAGCCAGACGCAAUAUCAGAACCUGCAGUGUGAUUGUCAUAUUUCCUUAUGUUUCUCAUGUUAAUUAUACUUUGGAUGAUAAGAAGCUCUGUUCUAUGCUGUUACCUUCUCUAUCUUCUCAUGACAUAUGUUUGUUAUAUAUUGCUUAGGGUAAGCAGGAGCUUUUAUUCCCAAUUUCAUCAGCACAAACGUCUCAUUAUCCAGCAACUUAAACGCUCCACGCUUCAUUUCUAAGAAAACCACCUGUAUGAUUCCGCUGCAAAAAUUUUAAGUCCCAGUGUUUCUCAUUCCUGCUUUUCAAGACUAAAAAUCUGUCAAUUUC